AGUUAUUUUUGUUAACAUACAUUUGGCGGUGGUCGGUGAUAAACAAUGGCGGAUGAGAGAUUCAACCGGAAGAAUCCGGCGGUGAAGAGGAUUUUGCAAGAGGUUAAGGAGAUGCAAGCUAAUCCUUCUGAUGAUUUCAUGUCUCUUCCCCUCGAGGAGAAUAUAUUUGAGUGGCAGUUCGCGAUCCGAGGUCCUAGUGAUAGUGAAUUUGAAGGUGGGAUUUAUCAUGGGAGGAUUCAGUUGCCUGCAGACUAUCCUUUCAAACCUCCUGCAUUCAUGUUAUUGACCCCUAGUGGUCGUUUUGAAACCAAUACAAAGAUUUGCUUGAGCAUUUCUGAUUACCAUCCUGAGCAUUGGCAACCAUCAUGGAGUGUUCGGACUGCUUUGACGGCUCUCAUUGCGUUCAUGCCUUCAAAGCCUAAUGGAGCACUAGGCUCAGUAGAUUAUCCAAAGGAGGAGAGAUGUGCACUAGCCACUAAAUCACGAGAGUCACCACCCAAAUAUGGUUCUCCUGAGCGCCAAAAACUAAUUGAUGAGAUACAUCAAUAUAUGCUCACCAAGAUACCCUCUGCGCCCAAACCUAAUCCUGAAGAAUGUAACAAAACGCCUUUGGCUGAUUCAGAUGGUCAGUCCCUAACAAAGCCGCAGGAUGCUGCAACGGUUAUAUCAGAACCUGAUACUGUGGCGGAAGAGAGUGUAGCUGAUCAAAUUGCUGAAGAGGCAGCUCAGACUAUUCUUCCAGGGGGGAAUGCAGCAUUAGAAGUUACAGACGGAGAUAGCAGAAACGGUUUGGUGAGGCGGCAGGAGCAACAUACCUCUGUUGUCAGGACAGCUCAAAGAGUGGGUGAUGACAGGCUGUUAACGUGGGCAGCGGUUGGACUCACGAUUGCGAUUGUGGUUCUCCUGCUGAAGAAGUUCGUAAGAUCAAGUGGUCAUGCCGCUGUGUUUAUGGACGAAUCGUGAACCCUGAACGCGAAGCAGGAAGUGUUUAUAUAAGCCUAUACGACUGUGAAAUAGGGAAAUCAGUAAUGAAUUAAUUAUGCAGGGUAUUUGAUCCAUGUGUUGAAAAACUCGUGUUAGAUCAAUGUGUGAUGUGUGUGCGCCAUCACUUAUUCAUGUGCACCGGAACGGUUUCAAAAGCUACUUAACGUCACAAACUCAAUACUUGUUUUUUUGUAAUAUAUACGAAACAAAUGAUGGAUAGUAAUUGGAUACGUAGCAUAAACAUUUAUAA